AUUUACUAACGAUGCCCCGCACUCGAAGGAGCAGCUCCCGAAGUCGCGAUAGCGACAGUCGAUCAAGAUCUUCACAUAGAAGACACUAUCGUCGUCACCACAGCAGCUCGAGAAGCCAUAGCACACAUCGUCGCAGGAGAACGCAUGCAAGCUCGCUCGAAAGAACAGCUUCAAGACACCAUCGACGUGAAAGGUCUUCAUCUCGCAGUGCCUCCAAGAAGCGCCACCAUACUAGCAGGCAGCACAAGAACGAGAAGGCACCGCGUACGAGACGUGUAGCAAAGACAAAGGACGAGAAGCCAAAAUCCACUAAGGGACGACGAACUACCAAAAAGGCGAUAGCCAGCUCAAAGAAGUCUGAGAGAUCCGCAAAAAGGAAGUAUACUGGACUACGCCCUCGCGAUUCGAAAGGACGUUUUUUGAAAACCUCAGAUCAAAAAAAUGAAUCGAAAGGUUACGGAUUGACCUCAGAAAAGAGUACUAGUCAAUAAAGAAUUCUAUUACUG